GACUACUAAAAAAACUAAUCAUAAAGUACCCAUGGUACGUAUAGGACUACCCCACCCAUUCUCUCAAGUUUGAACUUGAUCUAAAAAGCAUGCAAUGUUUUUUCUUUUGAAACGACGUUGAGAAAUAAAGUGGGAACUUUUGGAAUACAUGCAGCUCAUUGGUAGUGAUCUUACAUGCGUUAAUUCCGCUGUGACAUUUUGCUACCCAGGUUUAACCGUUGAUGACUUGUACUAUGUGACAUAUUUGAGAUGAUUGAGAGUGGGGACAACAUUCUUGAAAUUGAUUUUUUGUGCGAGAUAAAAUUGGAAGGCGACACGGAGAUAAAGAUGGGAAUGGAAGUUGUCUAUUCUCAGGAGUUUUUGCCAACCUAUGAGACUAUACCUGAGGGGGCAUCAGUGCCCAAAGUGGAGAAGGCUGAGUUCAACGGCAAAUCUGAAUCUCUGUUCUUCAAUGAUGGGGUUAGACGGAUCGACUUUGUCUUAGUCUAUGAAGAUGAGGACAUGAAGGAGACUGACAAAAAUAGAACGUUCCAGAAACGUAAACAACGGAGAGAGUACUUUGAGGCAAGCUUGAUGAAGAUGGGGAUGGAACUAGAGGCUGCCAGAUCUGUGGUGGAUGAGAAGCUGUUAUUCGUCAAGGUGCACAUACCCUGGGACGUGCUGUGUACCUACGCCGAGGUUCUCCACAUCAAGCUGCCCAUUCAGCCCAAUGACCUGUCCACCACUUCCUCGCCCUUCAACUUCCUCAGUUGUAUCACCAGACACUUCUACCCCAGCGAGGACCUCAUAGCCAAGGAGACGGAGUACUUCACCGCCCCAUUCGAGAAGGACAGACUGGAGUACUUCUACGUGAAGGACCGGGACCUCUUCUUCACGCCGUCCAUGAGGAGUAGAAUGGCCUACUACAUCCUCAGCCGAGCCCCCUAUGAGGUGCGAGGGAACAUCAAGAAGUUUGGUGUCACCAAGCUGCUCGAUGGGGGGGUGUACAAGGCUGCUUAUCCCUUACAUGAUUGCAGAUUCAACGUCAGGUCGAAGGAAGAUGAGUGCCCCAAUGAGAGAUACCUCCUGUAUUACGAGUGGGCUCACCCUAAAAGUUUCUAUAAGAUGCAGCCACUUGAUCUCAUAAGAAAGUAUUAUGGGGAGAAGAUUGGUAUUUACUUUGCUUGGCUGGGCUUCUAUACAGCCAUGCUGGCCCUCGCUGCUAUUGUUGGACUUGGCUGUUUCAUUUAUGGGUACACGACUCAAGAAACAAGCACCUGGAGCAAAGAGGUGUGCGACCCUUUGAUUGGAGGAAAUAUUGUGAUGUGUCCGCAGUGUGAUAAGGAGUGCACAUACUGGAGGCUCAACAGCACCUGUGAAUCUUCUAAAAAACUGUGCAUAUUUGAUAACUAUGGGACGCUCGUGUUUGCUGUCUUUAUGGCCAUUUGGGUGACCGUGUUUCUGGAGUUCUGGAAGCGAUACCAGGCAGAGCUGGAGUAUGAGUGGGACACCGUGGAGUUCCUGGAGCAGGAGGAGCAACCUCGUCCUGAGUAUGAGGCCAAGUGUAACCACGAGAGAAUCAACCCUGUCACACGGGCAAAAGAGAAAGUACCUUAUACAGCCUGUGGACGGUGUAUAAGAGUGUCUUUAGGAAUCGGGACUGUCUUAUUCUGGAUUGUGUUGAUCCUAGCGUCAGUGGUGGCCAUCAUCGUAUACCGACUGGCAGUAUUCUUCUCAUUUUCGACGAGACUCCAGUCUGACCUAAAGGAGCUCGAACCGUUUAAGGAGUAUGUGACCGCACAAAUGGCCACCUCCGUCACUGCUUCUAUCAUCAGCUUCGUAGUAAUCAUGGUGCUCAACAUCCUGUAUGAGAGGGUAGCCAUCUGGAUCACUGACUUUGAGCUACCAAGGACCAAGACGGAUUAUGAGAACAGUCUGACUCUGAAGAUGUUCCUGUUCCAGUUUGUCAACUACUACUCCUCCUGCUUCUACAUUGCCUUUGCCAAAGGAAAAGUGGUUGGUUACCCUGGGCAACCUGUUUACCUGCUGGGCAAGUACAGGAAUGAGGAGUGUGAUCCAGGAGGAUGCCUGAUUGAGCUGACAACCCAGCUUACUGUCAUCAUGGGCGGUAAAGCCAUCUGGAAUAACAUUCAGGAGGUGUUGCUGCCGUGGAUGAAGAAUUUGAUAUUCCGCUACUGCACACGUGUGGGGUCUGAAAAGGUGAUUCCUCGCUGGGAGCAGGACUAUCAGCUGCAGCCCAUUGGGAAGCUGGGCCUCUUCUAUGAAUACCUGGAGAUGGUGAUCCAGUUUGGUUUUGUGACUCUGUUUGUGGCCUCCUUCCCCCUGGCUCCUGUCCUGGCUCUGGUCAAUAACCUCUUUGAGAUCCGGGUGGACGCCUGGAAGAUCAUCACCCAGUUCCGCCGCAUGGUUCCAGAGAAGGCCCAAGACAUUGGGGCGUGGCAACCCAUUCUCCAAGGUGUCGCCAUCUUGGCUGUGGCAUCAAAUGCCAUGAUCAUUGCCUUCACAUCAGACAUGAUCCCACGAUUAGUUUACUACUGGUCUUUCUCUGUGUAUCCCUAUGGAGACCAUUCCAGUCACACCAUGCAGGGCUACAUCAACAACACGCUCUCUGUGUUCGACAUCCAGGACUUCUCCAACAAGAGCCGGCCCUUGCAAACACCUUACUGGUUCAAUAACAGCACCACCUGCAGAUAUCGAGAUUUCAGAUAUCCACCAGGACACCACAGACAAUAUGAAUACAGCAUCUACUACUGGCAUGUGAUAGCUGCCAAGAUGGCUUUCAUAAUAGUUGUAGAGCACAUUGUAUACCUGACCAAGUUCGUUCUGUCCUACGUGAUCCCGGACGUGCCUUACACAGUGAGGGAACAGAUCAAACGAGAGAAGUACUUGAGCCAGGUUAUCCUUCACGAGACCAACCUCAAACUGGUGACCAAACGCUUAAAGCCUGUCGGUGAUAAGAUACUUAAACACAAUGAGGACAAGGAGGAGGAGAUUAUGGACCUUUACUUUUAAUCUCUGAAGCUUUGUCAGAGAAGAGGGAGUCCUGCCUUUGUCAGGACCUACAAUAUUUCCAAGUAUUGUUGAGCAGCUAAAGAUGUAUUCAAUACAUGUUUUAAUAACUUUAAUUAAUAUGAAUUAAUAUUAUUAGUAGCUUAAUAGCUUGGUGGGGACUACGACUAACCAAACCAGCCAUGAAGCUCAGCUCUGUUGCUCAAAUCUCUGGAUCUAUUGCAUAUUUAGCACUUUUAUGUCACUGAUUGUUACAUGUACACUGUUACAUUUAAUGUGUCUUGUAUUUUUACAAUGAUGACAUUUUUUGGAGGUCUUAACUUAGACACUUCUGGGAGGAACACAACAGUGCCUGGGAGUUACAUACAGCACAUGUAUACACUGUUACAUUUAAUGUGUCUUGUAAUGUUAAAAUUCGGAUUCAAUGCCAUAUGGAAGACUAUGAAUGACAACAUUACUUUUCUUCUUUAAACAAAGCAUACAGAUUUUUAUACAAUUUGUGGCCUAGGCCUUUCCAAACAUUUCUAAUAUUCAAGGUGUGCUUGAUUUAGUCAGGAAUAAUUCCAAAAGCUCAAAUUGCGUUGACCAGGCAAGCCAUCAAGUAUGGAAGCUCGUUCCCGCCACCCAGGACAAAAUAUCUGACGACGAGUUAUGAGAUACUAAGGUAUAAUUAUGAGAAUCUGGGAUUCACACAAUAACAAAGCUUCUCCCACCACAGCUGAGGAAUGGGGCAGGAGAAAUGUAACCAAUCUCAAAUACAUAGACACAAGGACUCACACAUGGAUGCAGGACUGACCAUCCAUCAGAUACAAAUUAUAUUUUUAACCAUGUUUUGAAGCAAUACUGUGUUGUUUACAAUUACAUUGUUUACGCACAAUAGAGUAAACCAAUCUUAUAUUUUGGGUUCUGAUUGGGUAACUCAUUUCUAAGUUACAUUAUUGAAUAAUCAGUGGCUUUACACUGAGUGUACAAAACAUAUUUCCAUGACCAGGUGAAUCCAGGUGAAAGCUAUGAUUCCUUAUUGAUCUUCCACUUCAAUCAGUGUAGAUGAAGGGAAAGAAACAGGUUAAAGAAAGAUUUUUGAGUCAUGGAUUCUGUAUGUAUGCCAUUCAGAGGGUGAAUGGGCAAGACAAAAGAUUUAAGUGCCUUUGAAUGGGGUAUGGUAGUAGGUGCCAGGUGCAUUGGUUUGAGUGUCAAGAACUUCAACGCUAGGUUUUUCACGCUCAACAGUUUCCCGCGUGUAUCAAGAAUGGUGCAUCACCCAAAGGACAUCCAGCCAACUUGACACAACUGUGGAAAGCAUUGAAGUCAACAUGGGCCAGCAUCCCUGUGGAAGCUUUUGACACCUUGUAGAGUCCAUGACCCAACAAAUUGAGGCUGUUCUGAGGGCAAAAAUGAGUGCAACUCAAUAUUAGGAAGGUGUUCCUAAUGUUUUGUACAUAUUAAUUAACUCUGAUGUCAACCAGAUGUCAUCAAACAGGCACCAACUCACAUCAACAAAACUUUUCAAUACGUUAAUAUUGAACAAUAUCACCACAAUCUCUCUUUCUUACACACACACAAUGUGUGAUUGACUAGGAUAUGCAUAAGGUUAUCUUAAGUUGAGGGCCUGAUGCAAAGUGUACAUUGGAUUUAUAUGAUACAGAUCGCUUGAACGUAUGUCAUAAUAAUGACUUACUAUCAUAUAAUUCUGACUUACUAUGUCAUAACUCUUAGUCAGAUUUUAUUUUUUGGUGGCGGGAACGGGCUUCCAUACAAACUCAUGGUCACCUCAAGUAUUUACAUUAACAUUUUUGACAUAUGUAUUUUAAUUUAAGCAUUUUGAUAGAAGUCUAUCGCCAUAGACUAACCUCUUAUAUAACCUCUCUGUCACGUUCGUUGAAUGGAGACCAGGGCACAGCGUGAUGUGAAUACAUUCUUCUAUUUAUUAACAAAGAAACACUAAAUAAAAUAUACAAAACAACAAAAACUAACGUGACGCUAUAUAUAAACAAGUGCAGAGACAGGCAACUAACCAUAGACAUACAAAACCCCUAGACAGGAACAAAAACACAUACAUCACCCAUGUCACACCCUGACCUAACCAAAAUAAUAAAGAAAACAAAUAAUACUAAGGUCAGGGCGUGACACUCUCAAUACAUGUUGCUGUAUUAUAUUGUGCUUUGUUUUAAACCAAAGGUAUAUAUGAACUAACAAUCUGCCCCUGUGUACAAUAUUUGUCAUUCAAGUAUUUUGUCUAGUGUAUUGUAAUUUGUAAGUUAUUCCAAAUCAAAAUUCUUUGUAUUUUAUAUA